GUUAUUCAAGAUCCUUGAACUUGCUGACCCAAGUUGCCACAUACCAGCUCAAACUGAUAUGGUAAUCGGCAGCGAUAUACUUCCACAAAUCCUGCUUGAAGGUAUACAAAAGAUUUUCGACACUAUACUUGCGCAAAAAACAAUAUUUGGCUGGAUUCUCAGUGGUCCAAUAACCGAAAAUGUGGUGUCAUUCUCGACACAAGUAGAAGAGUGCUCGAAUACAAUUCUCAGCUCUCAGCUUAGAAAGUUUUGGGAAGAGGAGGAGAUUCCACAACCUCCACAAAUUUCACCUGAAGAUCAGGCAUGUGAGCAUAUGUAUGCAACAACAACGACUCGUGCCCCAAACGGUCGAUACAUUGUGCGACUUCCAUUCAAGAAUAUCUCGACCUCGGUCAUAUGGAGCACACGAAGCCAUGCGAGAUAA